UUAGGGCACACGCUCUUUGUUCUUCCCUCUUUCUCUGUGCUUUCCUUCUCCUUCACUCUCAAACAUAUAUAUCUGAUGACAGAGCUCAGUCUCCAUCACGCCCCCUCAGGCUGCUCUGCUCUCUUUUCCACUCCGUAGCGGCAGAAAUUCCUCUGUUUCUUGGUGCACACAUCCAGUGAUCAAACAGGAUGGGAUUUGGGAAUGUUUGGACCACCUUUUGGGUUAUAUUGAAUCAGAUUCUUGAACGUGUUGCUAUUUUCCUUAGGAGAUGUAUUUUUACCGUUAUAUCGAUUGGUUCGAUUCCUAAUCAUAUUGCUUUCAUCAUGGAUGGGAAUAGGAGAUAUGCAAAGAAAAAGAAGUUGGGGAAAGGGGCUGGCCAUAGGAUCGGGUAUAUGGCUUUAACUUCCAUGCUCAAGUACUGCUAUGAAUUGGGUGUGAGGUAUGUCACAAUUUAUGCUUUCAGCAUUGAUAAUUUUAAUAGAAGUCCAGAAGAAGUUCAAAGUGUGAUGGAUCUGAUCCUGGAAAAAGUUGAAUUGUUGAUUAGAGAAGAAAGCAUUGUGAAACGAUAUGGAGUCAGACUUUACUUUUUAGGAAACUUAAAAUUGUUGAACCAACCUGUGAGGGAUGCAAUUGAAAGGGCUAUGGUGGCCACCAGGAACAAUAACAAAGCAGUCCUUUCAAUUUGUGUUGCUUACAGUUCCACUGAUGAGAUUGUUCAUGCUGUUGAAAAGUCUUGUGAAGAAAAAUGGGAUGAGAUGAGUUCAAAAAGUUCAAAUGCAGCAGGAUGUGAUUUAGGCAAAUUACUAGUGGCUGAAAAUGGUGAGAACCUCAUAAAAUCAACUGAUGUUGAGAAGAAUCUGCAUACUGUGGUUACUUCCAACCCCGAUAUGUUAAUUCGCACAUCUGGAGAGGCCCGCCUGAGCAAUUUUCUUUUGUGGCAGACUUCUUCAAGUUAUUUGUACUCUCCUUCUGUGCUUUGGCCAGAAAUUAACCUUUGGCAUUUGCUGUGGGCAAUCUUGAACUUUCAAAGAAACCAUCUUUAUUUGGUAAAGAAAAGAAAACAGUUGCUAUUCUUGAAAGAGGAUUGAUUCAAAAUGGUUAUCAUAAGAAAAUAGAUCUGAUUACAAAAUGAGGUUGAAUGGUUUUUUUUUUUUUUUUCCUUUCGUAUUAUGGAUAAAUUAGAUACUAGUUAGUUAUACUAAAUGUAACACUGUUUGAACACCUCUAAGAUAUGUUGUAUACAAUAAGAGAACUACAAAAAAUUGCACAACUUUUUUGGAGUUUAUGAUCAUG